ACUCCUCUAUGCCUCACUUAUAAUCCAAAAUCUAAAAACAAAUAAAAUAAAUAAAAUAAAAUAUCCCCGAGGCAUCCCAAAUUCCGACAUCCUAAAACCCUAGCAAAUCCCCCAAUUCUUCGUUGUUUGAUACAUUGAAAUCUGAAGUUAAGGGAAUUAUGGACAAAAAAUUCACUCUUCUUCAUACCGUUGCCAUAGCCGGUGUCUUCUCCGCUGUAUCCUGCUGGUACGGGUUCAUGUUUGGAAGAGAAUCAGCUCGGAAGGAACUUUCUAGUCUCAUUGACGAUCUUCGCAACUCCAAAUCGGAUUCCAAUCCUCCUUCUCACUCUUGAUUAUGGAAGAGAAUGCCAAACUGCCAAGUUCCUACUCCAUAUCCUAAGUACUUGCAUGGAUGGAAGUUCUUGCAGUCUUCUGAUUGUGAGAAGUUCAUUAUUUGAGUCAUUUCGUACUGAUGAUUGGCUUUGGAUUCUCCCUUAUUUUUACUGAAAGCUUAUUAUGUUUACAUUAUUGGUAUUGUUGAUGAGGCCAUGACUUCUAAGAUCUGCUCCUUUUUUUUUUUUUAACUUUAAUUUUCAAAGUUUUCGGGUGAAUUGUAAUUUUGGGAGGUCUUCUAAACAAGAUUUACAAAAAAAAAAAAAAAAUAGCAGCGGACACGGCAGUGUUAAAAGAAAUUUGAUUUCGAAGGUAUUGAAAAUGACGAGUAGUUUGUAACCAUGGUGUUGAUCAAUCCCAUAGGAGUUUUCUGCUACCAUUCUUUAAGGGUUUAUGUGAUCUAGGGUGUUAGUCUGCUGGAUGCCUGGAACAUAGCUAACGUCCCUAAGCUGUGACUUUGGCUGGCAGUUGAUGCUCAUGUAAGAUUAUAAUGUUAUAUGGUUCUGUCUAUACUCACUAUGAUGGCAGUUUACCUUUCUAGAUUUUAUUCCCAGAUUUAUGUAGGGGGCAAGGAUUUUAAUGUAAUAGGUUUUUCUCUUGAUUUCUCUUUUCUUGAUUUAUCAAUAAGGUUUGUUCUUCCA